AUGACCGAAUCCAAUUUCCUAACUAAUAUAAGAGAGUAUACUUCCAAAUACUAUUCCAACCAAUCAACAUCUAUAUGGCAUCGAUUACCAAUACUGAGGCGGUCAGCAGUGUUUAUACUUCUUUUCUUUGGACAUCUUGGUGAACUCAGAGUCAUAUUAACCCGAAGACUGUCUAAGCUACGCAAUUUCCCCGGACAUAUAUCUUUACCAGGAGGGAAGGCAGAUACGGGUCUUGAAUCCGAAUGGCAAGUAGCCAGAAGAGAAAUGCAUGAAGAAAUCGGAUUAGAUGCUGAUGAUAAAUUAUUGGUUAAACAUUUUGGGUUCACUGUUGAUUAUUUAAACAUUUUACCUGCUUAUCUUCUGAGAACGUUUUCCGCAGUACGUCCUUGUGUUGGACUAAUGAAAAUAAGUGCUAAUGAAGAUGAAGCCAAACUAUUAAAUGAUUUGCGGUUAAACUUAAAUCCGGGAGAAACAAGUACUAUAUUUUCAUGUCCCUUAAGAGAUUUUUUGUAUCCUGUUCGUGAUGAACCACCAAUGGAAUGUUUUGAAAGAAGUUCUCAUGAAAUGAAUUGGGGUGGUAUACCUUGGAAUUUACGAUCUUAUGCUUUCCUUCAACAUAAUAAGAAUGAAGCUGUUUUUCUACUGGACAUUGUUGGUGAUCUAACUUCCGAGGAAGAAGAUCAUCACGAUGAUGCCCAUGGUCACGUGACACAAGUAAAUCAGAGCAAAGUUACCACUUCCAGUAAAAAGGACUUAUCUUCAUGGGGACGUCUUGGAUCACGUCGACACUCAGAAACCAAUGAAAAAAUAUACGAUGUAUGGGGAUUAACUGCUAAUAUUCUACAUGAUCUAGCAGAAAUUGUUUAUGAAGGAGGACAACUUGAACGGGAAAUUGGGGAAGAAGAGCUUAUUUAUAGUCUUUGGGAACAUGGAAAUCAAUUAAGACUGAAAGAACGGCUGGAAGAAGAAGCUAAACUUAUAGCUUCCACUCCUAUGGAUCGAUGUUUUGGAUUUGGUGAUGUUUUACCUCGUACAGAGUUUCUUAGACUCAAGAAACUCUAUAAGCUUUAA